GGGGGGGGGGGCUGGGAAUGACUCCUGCGGGUGAGGGUGAGGGUGAGGGGUGAGGGUUGGGGUGAGGGUGAGGGUGAGGGUGAGGGGUGAGGGUGAGGGCGAGGGUGAGGGCGAGGGUGAGGGGUGAGGGUGAGGGCGAGGGUGAGGGUGAGGGUGAGGGGUGAGGGUUGGGGUGAGGUUGAGGGUGAGGGUGAGGGUGAGGGUGAGGGGUGAGGGUGAGGGCGAGGGUGAGGGUGAGGGUGAGGGGUGAGGGUUGGGGUGAGGGUGAGGGUGAGGGUGAGGGUGAGGGUGAGGGUGAGGGUGAGGGUGAGGGUGAGGGCGAGGGUGAGGGUGAGGGUGAGGGGUGAGGGUUGGGGUGAGGGUGAGGGUGAGGGUGAGGGUGAGGGUGAGGGCGAGGGUGAGGGUGAGGGGUGAGGGUUGGGGUGAGGGUGAGGGGUGAGGGUUGGGGUGAGGGUGAGGGCGAGGGUGAGGGUGAGGGUGAGGGCGAGGGUGAGGGUGAGGGUGAGGGGUGAGGGUGAGGGUGAGGGGUGAGGGCGAGGGUGAGGGUGAGGGUGAGGGUGAGGGUGAGGGUGAGGGUGAGGGUGAGGGUGAGGGUGAGGGUGAGGGUGAGGGUGAGGGUGAGGGCGAGGGUGAGGGCGAGGGUGAGGGUGAGGGCGAGGGUGAGGGUGAGGGUGAGGGGUGAGGGUGAGGGUGAGGGGUGAGGGCGAGGGUGAGGGUGAGGGUGAGGGUGAGGGCGAGGGUGAGGGGUGAGGGCGAGGGUGAGGGUGAGGGCGAGGGUGAGGGCGAGGGUGAGGGUGAGGGUGAGGGCGAGGUCUUUCAGCUUGUUUAAGAUGUUUAGUUCUCAUGGAAGUGGUGAGCCUAAGGACGUGCUCAUCCUCGUACUGCUCAUCUACAUCGCCUUUGUGACGCCCUACGUCAUCGGGUUCGCCAUCGAUUACCCCGCUGACAGCUGGCUGGGCAUUGUGGAGUUGACGGUCAACGGCUUCUUCAUGUUGGACAUAUUGCUCAACCUCAGGACCACACUGCCGAUGGGCUUCGACGCCUCCAGCAGAAACCAGGAGAUCACGGACCGGCGUGUGAUCCUGCGGGCCUACCUGCUGGGCUGGUUCGCACUGGACGUGCUGGCGGCACUGCCUUGGAGCCAGAUGACUAGCUCGCUGGGCGGCUACAUGGCACUGGCCAAGGUGCCUCGCCUCAUACGACUGGCGAGACUGGCCAAACUGCUGCGGCUGCUCAAGCUGGCCAAAGUGGUGCAGACGUCUGAGGUGUACCGCAAGUGGGAGACGCGCGGCAGUGUUGCUGUGGCGCGUGUGAGCCUGUACGUGUUGGCGGCUGUGCUGGGGUUGCACCUGUCGGCCUGCGCCUGGAUGUUUGUGGCGGAGAUGGAGGACUCCAGUCUGACCGGCACCUGGGUGGAGGCGGCGGGGCUCGUGGACGCCAGUAACGUCGUCAAGUACGUGACCUCGCUCUACUUUGUGGUGAUCACCUUCACCACUGUGGGCUACGGCGACAUCUCGCCCGUCACCACCGCCGAGCGCGUGAUGACGUGUCUGGGCAUGAUGGUGGGCGUGGUGAUGCUCGGCUACAUCGUGUCAACCGCAAACACCAUCAUGGGCACCUCCAACAAGUACGACGUGGCCCGCAACGAGAUCAGCCAGCGUGUGGAGGACUUCCUCAACUCCCAGCCUCUGCCCACCGCGCUGGCGGCCAAGGUCAAGGCCUACUACGGCUACGUGUCUGCAAAGCCCUUCAACGACCCAGGGGACAGGGCUCUGGUGGCGGAGCUGCCAGUGGACAUGCGGGCCGCGGUGUUGCGGGAGAUGCACGCCGGCCUCAUAUCGCGGGUGCCGCUGUUCAAGGCGCUGUUCCCCCCGGGGGGCGCCGCGCAGGCGCCGGGGGGGUCCGGGCCGCACGUGCACCCAGGCCCUGCCGCCCGCGCCCCUUUCGCCUUUGCGCCGCGUGUGGCGGAGGAGGGCGAUGCGGAUGUGGGGGAGGCUGAUGAGGAUGCGGCAGCGCGGUCGGCGGCCGAGGACGCGGUGUGGGAGAUGGAGGCGGAGGCGGCGGCGGCGGCGGCUGGCACGCCCUUUGGCGGCGCGCCGGCGUUCCCCGCAUCGGCGGCGCAUGAGGCGGGCGAGGGUCCCGAUGGCGGCGGCGUGCAGGGCGCGGCGGCGGCGGCGGCGGCGGCGGCGGCUUUGAAGUUUGGCGGCUCGGGCGGCGGCGGCGGCGGCGGACGUGUGUUGUUUGGACCCAUGGACCCCUUGGUACAGGAGGAGGUACUGCCGCCGGGGGUGACGCGGCAACCCACGGCGGUUGUGGACCUGCCGCCGGGCACGCCUCGCGGUGGCGGCGGCGGCGGCGGCGAUGGCGGCGGCGGCGGCGGCGGCCCGGGUGGCGGCGGCGGGCCGCGCGGCCACAGCAGCCGCCGGCGGCGGCACUGGCGCAUGCGGUACGAUGACAACGUGCCGUACAAGCACGUGCGCACCAUUCGGAAUCCAUAGAGCGCGGAGGAAGGGAGUUCGUUCCAACCACAAGAAACAACGACUCGGGGGCGGGGGUGUGUGAGGGAGCUGGACCGUGGCGCGGGGAUUGGACUGUAGGCUGUGUGUUCGGGGUAUGCGUGCUGCUGCGUGUGCGGGGCCGCGACACCCACAGCCCGGUUGGAAGGAAGCCACGCGU